AAGGAAAAAAAAAAUAGAGAACAGAGCACCUGAGGCUGUGCUCUGGCCCCCACCCAGAAAGGACAUGAAAAGGGCCAGAAAAUCAACCCUAUGCCAUUGCUGUGGGGAAAGAAAACUUCACGGUGUGCCUCUUUUCCCUCAUGCUUCAUAGCAAUGGAAAACCACAUUUCCUGCAGUGUCGCAGAACCCAACUUUGCUGAUGGGCUGCUGGGUGCCCAGGGAGGUAUGGGGGGCACAUGCAUCCACGCAUGCACUCACUGUAUGUGGUGACACUGCAGAUGAGCCCAGAGGUGCUCAGUACACUCCAGGACAACCUGGAUUUGUUCAGGGAGCUCGGUAAGCCAUCUAUUGUGGCCCAGGAUAUAGUGGGAUGUGCUUAGGGUGCAGCAGGCUACACUGGAAAGUCCCUGGGGAACCCUUAGAGUGCACUAAGGAGCUCAGGGAAUAUUGUAGAGUGCUCCAGAGUCCACUUUGGCAUUCUUGUAAGCCUCUGGGACUCAGUGGAAAGCUUAUAGGGCUCUGGAAGUCCAUUAAUGUGCCCUAGAGUAUGUUGGGUCACAGAGUUUUUUUUGUGCCUUGAAUUAUACUACACCUCGGAGUAGAAUAAUUAGAUCCAAUAUCCCAGAGCCACUGUUGAUAGUGAAUCCAUGAUCAUGAGUCUGAGUUGUAUUCAGGAGUUACUCCAAGAUGAGGAACUGCUACUGGUCCUCAAACAGGUAGGAGUCUUUAAUUAACACAUAAUAUAGUGUUCCUUUUUCAGCUUCCCACCCCCAGUCUGUGGCAGCAUGCAGUCUGAUUCAAUGCGUUUGAAAAUAUUUCAUGAUUGUUAGGUGACAAUGGUAGCAGAACACUGGGCCAGUGCAGGAGGAAGAGAGGGGGAAGAAAGGGGGAAAACACCAAGGAGGAAAGGGGGAGGGCAUUUUGAGCUCCUGCAGUGGGAAGAGCUUGAGCAAUUGGUGCAGUCCAUGCAGCCCUAUAGAAUUGGAGAGUGUCAAGGACAGCCCCCUAGCCCCAGGCUGCAGCUGGAUGAGCUUCCUCUGUGUGCCCAGACUGUGGGCUGUGCAGCUGUGCUUGGCUGCACUGCUCCAGCUGAGAGCCCUCUGCCUGCACUGCAGCUGCAUCCCUGCUUCUUUGCCUCCCACACAAAGCCCCAGGGGUUAUCCUGCAGGUCCGUGUUCACCCUCAGAAUGCUGGGUCUACAAGGCUUGUUACAUUGUGUGCUGUACCAGCCUGGCCAGUGCAUAGUACAGAGCCCAAGUGGACGAGAACCCUUAACAACCUUGCCUCCAACAACCAACCUCAUUCCCAGUGACAAAUCUUGCCCCUCAACACCACCUCACCGCAUUGUCACUCCCUGAUGUUCCUCUGAAUAUCUCCUCAACAGUGUCACACCCCAGCAUCACUCCUCAACAUCAAGCAUCACCACAACAAUGUCAGUCUCCAGCAUCAUUCCCUGAUGUCCCCCUCGGUAAUACCCCAUCAUCACUAUAGUGCCACCUCCACAGUGAGCUGGAAAGCACAGCAGUGAUAGCAGAGCAGCCAAGCUCUAGGUUGCAGCAAAUGAAGACCAGCUCUAACACAGCAUUGAUAAGCACAUUCACAAAAGGAAACCAAACUGCUCCUCCCAGGAAGGCCUCAGGUUGGCAGGAACCCACAGCAAAAGCCCUACUGUUUUCAAUGCCAGCCCAAAAAUGAGGGCUGGGAAGGAGUGGAUCCUGGCUCCACCCCUUCAUCACUCAGCAACAUUGCAUACACCUGAGCUCCCUGGAUUGGCCCUGCCUUCCCACCAGGCGCUCUAUCACUGUUCAAGCCAUGACUUAACAUCGCCACUACAUCCUCAACAUCAUCCUAACAACGUUACCCUAACAGUGUUACCCCACUGUCACUCCCUGGUAUCACCUCAACUUCUCUGGUGUCACCCCACAGCAUAACUCCAACAUCAUUCCUGCUCUCCCCCCAGACUGUCCCCUCUAUCUCUCCAUCCCUCCCCACAUGCCAUCCCUAUCUGUACAUCCCCCCCAUCCCCCUACUGUCCCCUUGCUGCUCCCUGUCCCUCCAUCCCUUCCCUGCCCCCCAUCCCCUUCUGUACAGCCCCCUGUCCCCUGUGUCCCCCGUGCCCACCUGCUGACAUUGGCCCCCAGCUACAGUGUAG